AUGAAGAAGCCGUACCAAUUGAUUCAAAGACGACAGCUUCACGAGGGUCUGAAGACGCUUGCUGUGGAUGCGGCGCAGCCAGGCCUGCCAGCAACCAUCUGGACCUCCAGUCGCGUCGUCUCAGUAGAUGCUGAGACUGCAACAGUGCAUCUCGAAGACGGCUCCAAUGUCAAAGGUGACGUGGUGUUGGGUGCUGAUGGGUGGAAUUCCAGCACGCGCGCGGCAGUGCUAGACAGCUGCGAUUCCACGAUCAAACCAUUUUCCGCAGGAAAAAAUUGUUUUCGAUUCCUCAUUCCACGAGAAAAGCUUAUCGCAGACCCGAUCACCAGGCCAGUGUUUGAAAUCAUGAACACUCUUUGCCUCUGGAUGUCGGAGGACACUCGAAUGGUGUAUUAUCCCUGUGAUAACAACACAACCAUCAACUUUGUCGCGAUUCACCCUGCUCACUUGACAGAUGCUUCAGUCGGGGACUGGCAGGCUAAAGGAAGUAAAGAGGUAAUGACCAGCAUCUAUGAAAAGUUUGGACCUGCGGUCAGAGCAGUGCUGUCACACGCAGACCCGGAAAAAAUCAAACUAUAUCCCUUGAUGGAUAUGGAACCACUGCCUACAUGGACUACUGGCCGUCUCGCGUUGCUUGGAGAUGCAGCACAUCCAUUCCUACCUCAUUUGGGACAAGGCGGUGCGCAAGCUAUCGAAGAUGCGACCUCUCUCGGCGUUUUUCUCACUCCGGAUACGAAACCAUCUGAAGUGCCGCAACAGCUCAAGUUGUAUGAGCUUGCUCGAAAAGAGCGGGCGCAUCGUAUUCAACAAGAGAGUAGAAUAUUUGGACUGGACCUUUCUGAAUUCCAGAAGGCCGAUUUCGAUCGACUUGGAUCGCGACGAAGUAUGUUUGAAUUCGACGAGUUUGAGCACUCUAGCCAAAUUCUGAGAAGCCGCUCGGCGCCGAUGUCACGUGCGUCACGUGCCUGGAGUACAGAGGGCUUGGUCGCGAGUGGAGCCGGCCCGGAUAGCUCCGGGCUUCCGGAGCAGAAUGCAGGCGGAAUUAACCACCCCAACAGAGUACGCCAUUUGGAACAUCUCAUUCUGUCCUUGAGAUCUUCGAACUCCGGGCAGCAUUCCGAGCUCCAACCUCAGCUACAACCAAGUACCAAGCCUCUUCCAACUGGUGCAGCACUUCUUGAAUAUGUCGCAGAGCAACCUCAGUCAACCGCUCCCAGUUCUGCAGGUAUUCCACUGGAGAAAGAGCCAUACGCAGCAGAAGAGGAGAGUGUCACCUCCACUGGCACCAUGUUAGCUUAUCAGAUGGGUACGAGAUGGGUGGAUUCCUCACAUUGGCAAGCCAUUCUAGACAACUUGACAGAGCUCAGGGGCUGCACGGAAUUACUCGAUGAUCAAAGUAACCAUUUCGCUACAGACAACGAGGAAGAGCAAACGGAAGGUCCAGCACUAUUCCUUGCCGGGUCUAAUUUGAUAACUCGAUCUGGAAUACUCACGUUUCUUCCUCCACGAAUUGUCGUCGAUCGCUUGGUAGCACGCUAUUUCAAUUCAAAGGACGCUUCAUUAGUGGCCCUCCAUGUACCGACAUUCUACAAAGAGUACAUGCACUUUUGGGAAAAUCAGAAUACUGCAUCGGUGACGUGGAUUGGCUUGUUGUUCACCAUUCUUUGCCAUUCGCUAUUCUUAUACCGUCGAGCUGGCGACACCCCUCCCGGCUCUCUGGGCAACACUGCGGAAGUCGGUGAUUCUUUUCGUAUACAAGCUGCGCAUUGUCUUGUUUUGGGCAAUUACACUAAUCCAGGCGAGUUCAAAGUCGAGACUCUCCUCCUUUACUCGGGAAUAGAAUUCCUGAGAACCAAUGACAUGCAAAUCGGCACAUCGAUGCUUCUAAGCCUCAUUGUUAGGCUAGCGAUACACACGGGCUACCAUCGUGAUUCGAAAAGUUUCUCUAAUAUCUCGAUACGUGAUGGAGAAAUGCGAAGGCGAGUUUGGGCAUUGAUAUGGCAAAUGGAUCAUCUUGUGUCGUUUCAAGUCGGUAUUCCAAGGAUCAUCAACGAUGCGCAAUGUGAUACCGAGCUGCCCCGCAACUUGAAUGACGAGGACCUUGACGAAAAAACAGCAGUACUACCCCAAGCAAGACCGAUGAACGAACGUACACCAGUAACGUACACCAUCAUCAAGAGUAGAUUAAUUUCCGUUUUUGGUCGCGUCGUGGAGAAGUCUUACACGGCACAGGGUGGGAUACGCGAGACAUAUGAGGACAUAAUGCAUCUUGAUGAGCACCUCCAAAAUGUACAUGGCUCAUUACCAGAUUUCUUACGCAUUCGGCCAAUCAGUAUGUCGAUCAUGGAUCCUCCAGACCUCAUCAUGCAGCGAUUCAAUCUGGAACUGCUGUAUCAAAAGACCCGUUGCAUUCUCCAUCGCCGAUACCUUGUUAUUGGGCGUACAAAUUUGAGCACGACAUAUACCAUGAGACCUUGCCGGGAGGACAGCUACAUAGGGAUAGAUGAACUGUCUUCUAAGGUGGGGAAUGACCGGCAAGAUUCACUUCCUGAGGGAGCAAACAGGACAUUCGAUGGCCGAAAAGAUCUAUUACACGCCUUGGAAACCUCAAAGAACGUUUGGGCGGCUUGUGUCAACUCUUCUUUCGAAGCCUCUAAGGCAUCGGAAGUACUUGCAAUUAUACUGCGGAACGCAAGAAAGGCAACUGAUUCGAAUGCUCGAGAUAAUACAGAUGAUCAUAUCGUUAAUGAGUCCCUAGAUUUGCCUUCUCUUGACUAUCCUGCUGUGCAGUCUUCUGUGCCGAAUGAGGAUGUAAUGGAAGCAAACAGCCAGCAAACAGCCAUUCCGAGCGCAGACGAGCAGCCAAUGCAUAUAUCAUUAAAUGAGAUGAUGGAUAAUCUAGAAGAGUUCAAUUGGAGUACAUGGGACAGACUGCAAUGUUCAGGCUGGAACACUACAGAAGAUGAGAUGCUCUAA